GAAUGAACGUCUAGGUGCACCCAGACAUCAUUCUAUCCUUGUUUAACAUUCAGUAAACAACAAAAAUAAAACGACAUCUGGGCGCACCCAGAUGUUCAUCCUGAACGCACCCCUGUUGUGCCACCCACCUCAACCAACCACAACUUUGCACUGUCAUCGAAAGUCUUUUGUUUGAAAAAGUAUUUUCGAGAGCGGAAAUCCAAAUGUCAAACCAGGAUUAAGAAAAAGUAUUUUAGAUUUGCUGUUGCAAAUGUUGUAAACGCUGUAAGCUGUGAACUCGCUACAAGGAAAGUUGAAAAAAUAUUGUUCCUCGAAACCUCCGCGCGGAAUUAAAAAGGGGAAGUCAAUAAUAUCAAGAAGAAGAAUAGAUACCAACAAGGUUUAUAUUGUGCCAUAUUGAGAAAAGAAUUCGUAUGUCAAGAAAAAUUUCCAAAGAUAAUUUCUAAAAGAUAAGCAGUUAUUUGAAAAAAAAAUAGUAAAGCAAAAUGUUCAAGAAAAAUCAAUCUUUGGAUACGGGAGAAUCAAAAAAACUGUUUAUAAAUAUUGCUCAAGUACCCCACUACCAACCAGAAAUUGAAUCUUUUGAAAAUUAUAGCGAUAGGCUUACCGCGUUUCUUGAAGUUAAUAAAGUAGCUGAAAAUGAGAAGAUUAGCACCUUGAUUGCUGUCAUCAGCGCGGAAGCUUAUGUUAUAUUAAAGGACAAUGUUUACCCAGAAAAGCCUGUAAAUAAGAAAUAUGUUGAUCUGAUAGAAGUACUUAAAAAGCAUUAUUCAGAAACUUUAAUUUUGUCAGACCGUUUGAAAUUUAAUAGAAGGUCUCAACUACCCAUGGAAACAGUUGCCGAAUAUAUCCAAGUAUUGAGGCAAAUGGCAUCCAACUGUAAUUAUGGAGAGUUCCUAGACGAAGCUUUAAGAGACAGACUUAUUGCAGGUUUAAACGAUGUAUUCUUAAUAAAAAAGUUAUUAGCACAACCUACCAAUAUGACUUUCACACAAGCAUCCAAGAUAUGCUUUAAUUAUGAAACAUCUUCAGAGUUAAAUUUAAGGAAGAACAAAGAGUUAGUACAAAUAUUACCUAAUACCAGCAAAGUAAAAAGUCAGCAGAAUCAACAAGGUCUAAAAAUAUUAAAAGCUAAGUCGAAUGUUCGACGACCAAUUAACAAAAGUAGUCAUGUGAGAUGUAGGGAACAUGGAGCUAACAGAUGUCCAGUUUGGAAAAAGCAAUGGCUGCAUUUCCAAUGUGGGAAAAAGGGCAACGUAUCUACAAUUUGCAGAACAAAAGGUAAUAUCAAGUCUAUUCGACGAAAAAAUGAAAAUCAACCCAAGACUAUUAUAACAGCAGACAAUGUAAAAUCUAUUCAAGGAGUAAAUGGAGAUCAAUCCAACACUAUUGAAACAGAAGAUAAUGUCAAGUCUAUUCAAGGAGAAAUUGAAAAUCAACCCAACACUAUUAUAACAACAGACAAUGGAAAGUCUAUUCAGGGAAUAAAUGAAGAUCAAUCCAACACUAUUGAAACAGAAGAUAAUGUCAAGUCUAUUCAACGAAAAAAUGAAAAUCAACCCAACACUAUUAUAACAACAGACAAUGGAAAGUCUAUUCAGGGAAUAAAUGAAGAUCAAUCCAACACUAUUAAAACAGAAGAUAAUGUCAAGUUUAUUCAACGAGAAAAUGAAAAUCAACCCAACACUAUUAUAAUAGCAGACAAUGGAAAAUCCUACCCUCUCAUAUCCAAGGAAAUGAUCAAUGAUUGGCUAUCAUUAUCUGGUCUAGACACUGUAUCUACUCGUACUGUGCAAAAUCAACAACUUGUGCCAUGCGAACGCCAGAAUAUCUGGCAAGGAAUCGUGGAAUGGAUCGAAAAAGCCAAAAAUCCUACAGAUGCGCAAAAGCAAACGAGACACAUCCCAUGUCAAGUCUCGGCUAAUGCGAAAGAUGGAGAUCCAGAAUUGAAAGCGGAUACGUGGCCGCCAAAAUUGAUAAUGCAGUUGAUGCCAAAACAGUUGAUAGGAAGUAUUGGCGGUACCUAUUUGAAAAAUUCUAAAUCCGUCGUAUUUCACCCGACACCGUGUGAAGCAUUGGAGUCCUUAACGAAAAUGAUGACUGCUGGAUUUGCAGGUUGUGUCCAUUUUACUUCUGCAUCAUCAAGUCCAGCUUGCGAAAUAAAAGUACUUAUACUUUUAUAUACUACGGAUAAAAAGACAUAUCUAGGCUUUAUCCCAAACGAUCAAACAGCUUUUGUAGAUCGUCUUCGCAAGGUUAUACAGCAACAGAAAACGUCUCAAAACGCUUCUGCAAGACAAGUUUAUCCCGGACUCUCAUUCCGGUAUCCUCUUUUACCACAGGCAUAUAAAAAAGAAAUUCUUAUGAUGGAUAUUUCUGUCCAGAUUGAACAAAUGACUUCAGUAGUGGGAACAGUAAGAAAAGGAAUAAGGUGAAUGUCUCAACUAGUAACCUAGUUAGUGACCAGGCACAUAUUUUAUUGGAAUUGCAAGGAAAUUUUGCAUUGCAUAUCGCCAAUAUUAACUUUUUAACGUUCUAAUUUCGAAGUAUAUGUUAUAUGAGUUUUUAUCAAUUUUUUAUUUUAUUUUAUUAGUUUAAGCAUAUUAAAUGCGAGCACAUGUCAUUUAAAACGUAUGUGUGACAUUGGCUUUUAAGAUACGCGAAAUCCAUGACGCACUUGCGUCAAUUAAUGAUUGUACUUAAAUUAUAUAUUUUAUCACAAAUAGUGAUAAAAGUGAUCACUUAUAUUAUUUGGACGUAGAAGAAGUUAACAGUAAAUGCAAAUGUAUUACAUAGCUAGUUAAAAAUAAAAUAAUGGUGGUGGUUACUAAUAUGUACGGAAAAACGUACGAAAUAGUGACAGGCUAGAUAAAAUAGCUUGAAUUAAUGUGAUUUUUAUUUGCUUCAGGAAUUAAUCUUGUGUUUUUAUUAAAUUUUAGUUUUUUUCAUAUUAAUUUGUUUUGCAGCUCUUUAACGUUAAAAAAACUUAACUGUGUGAUGAUUUGGAGAUAACUCUUUACUUUAAAAUAUAUUUUUAUGUAGUAAGAUAUAUAAAUCAAAAUGAAAAGAUCGAGUGAAAUUACAUUUAUGAAAUUAACAUAUACAUAUUUGUACCAACAAAAUACUUGAAAUUGAUAUACUGCUUUCC